CUUCGACUCAUUUAUACUUAAAUCAGUGUCUGCAAUACAACAAAGCAACGUAAAAUAUUUAUUUCCGACACCAUAAUGUUUCCCAAGAAGGCAAUUCUCUACCUACUCCUAUCUUUGUUCAUAAUAUACGAUGUUGCCUCCAUGGUGACUGCUACCGCCUCCAACGACACGACUCAAGCAACAGUAGAGAAAAAUAAAGUGAAUACAAAUACAAGCAAGAUUCCCGAUUUUUUGAAGCCCAUUACAAUUCCGAUUCCGAAGCCCAUUACAAUUCCGAUUACGAAGCCCGUUCCAAAACCACCUGUAAAAGGUAUUCGACGUUGCCGUCUUUGCUGCAGGAAGUUUUCGAAAGCAUGCCUACGUAUUUGCUGCCAUGCUGCAGAAGAUGCUAAGAAAAUCGGAUCUCAUGAUUGACCCUAUAAUUAGCGAGUUCCAUUCGCUUUAUUAUCAUUUUGCUAUGCUAGAUUUGAUAGAAUUGAGAAAAAAAAGUUCAAAUAUUAUGUGUUGGGUGUAAA